UGAGUGAGGACCCAGGAGGCACUGGAAGCGCAAGAUGGCGACGGCGGCCGCAGCAUCGGCUUCGGAAGCGGAGGCAGAGCCAAAGGCCGGGCCCAAGGCCGAGGGAGAAGAAGAUGAGGCUAAGGCGGCCAGAACGAGGAGGAAGGUGUUAUCGCGGGCUGUGGCUGCCGCGACGUACAAGACCAUCGGGCCAGAGUGGGACCAGCAGGAGGAAGGCGUGAGUGAGAGCGAUGGAGAUGAGGAGUACGCCAUGGCUUCCUCAGCCGAGAGCUCCCCCGGGGAGUACGAGUGGGAGUACGACGAAGAGGAGGAGAAGAACCAGCUGGAGAUCGAGCGACUGGAGGAGCAGCUGUCCAUCAAUGUCUAUGACUACAACUGCCACGUGGACCUGAUCCGGCUGCUCCGGCUGGAAGGGGAGCUUACCAAAGUGAGGAUGGCCCGCCAGAAGAUGAGUGAGAUCUUUCCUUUGACCGAAGAGCUCUGGCUGGAGUGGCUGCACGACGAGAUCAGCAUGGCUCUGGAUGGCCUGGACCGAGAGCACGUGUACGACCUCUUUGAGAAAGCGGUGAAGGAUUACAUCUGUCCAAACAUUUGGCUAGAGUAUGGCCAGUAUUCAGUCGGCGGGAUCGGUCAGAAAGGUGGCCUCGAGAAAGUCCGCUCUGUGUUUGAAAGGGCCCUCUCGUCUGUCGGUUUGCAUAUGACCAAAGGACUCGCCAUCUGGGAGGCCUAUCGGGAGUUUGAAAGUGCCAUCGUGGAAGCUGCCCGGCCCAUAGCUGGCUUCCUUUCCCCUUUUGACCGGGAACAAACCUUUGAUUCACAGCUGGAGAAAGUCCACAGUCUCUUCCGGCGACAGUUGGCGAUCCCACUCUACGAUAUGGAGGCAACAUUUGCAGAGUAUGAAGAAUGGUCAGAAGACCCCAUACCAGAGUCAGUAAUUCAGAACUAUAACAAAGCACUACAGCAGCUGGAGAAAUAUAAACCCUAUGAAGAAGCACUGUUGCAAGCAGAAGCACCCCGGCUGGCCGAAUAUCAAGCAUACAUUGAUUUUGAGAUGAAAAUUGGUGAUCCUGCCCGCAUUCAGCUGAUCUUUGAGCGCGCCCUGGUGGAGAACUGUCUUGUCCCAGACUUAUGGAUCCGUUACAGUCAGUACCUAGAUCGGCAGCUGAAAGUAAAGGAUUUGGUAUUAUCAGUACACAGUCGUGCUGUUAGAAACUGCCCCUGGACAGUUGCCCUGUGGAGUCGGUACCUCUUGGCCAUGGAAAGGCAUGGAGUUGAUCAUCGAGGGAUUUCGGUGACCUUCGAGAAAGCUUUGAGUGCUGGCUUCAUUCAGGCCACUGAUUACGUGGAGAUUUGGCAGGCGUACCUUGACUACCUGAGGAGAAGGGUUGAUUUCAAACAAGACUCCAGUAAAGAGCUAGAGGAGCUGCGGUCGGCGUUCGCCCGCGCUUUGGAGUACCUGAAACAGGAGGUAGAAGAGCGUUUCAAUGAGAGUGGAGACCCAAGCUGCCUGAUCAUGCAGAACUGGGCUCGGAUUGAGGCUCGCCUGUGCAAUAACAUGCAGAAAGCCCGAGAGCUCUGGGACAGCAUUAUGACCAAAGGAAACGCCAAGUAUGCCAACAUGUGGCUUGAGUAUUACAACCUGGAAAGGGCCCACGGUGACACCCAGCACUGCAGGAAAGCACUGCACCGGGCCGUGCAGUGCACCAGUGACUACCCGGAGCACGUCUGUGAGGUGCUGCUCACCAUGGAGAGGACAGAAGGUACUUUGGAAGACUGGGAUAUAGCUGUUCAGAAAACGGAAACUCGAUUAGCUCGGGUUAAUGAGCAGAGAAUUAAGGCUGCGGAGAAGGAAGCUGCCCUUGCCCAGCAAGAGGAAGAAAAGGCUGAACAACGGAAGAGGGCCCGGGCUGAGAAGAAAGCGUUGAAAAAGAAGAAGAAGACCCGAGGUGCAGAGAAGAACACGGUGGACGAGGACGAUGAGAAAGAAUGGGGCGAUGAGGAAGAAGAGCAGCCUUCCAAGCGCAGGAGGUUGGAGAACAGCGUUCCUCCCACCGGGGAGGCUGAGAGGGGCCCAGACGCUGACCCGGGCCUCGUCGGAGUGGAGCUCCCAUCCAAGCCUAAGGAGCGAGCGGCCGCCCCACGGAGGGACGUGCCCAAGGUGCUGCAUGACAGCAGCAAGGAUGGCAUCACUGUGUUUGUCAGCAACCUGCCCUACAGCCUGGAGGAGCCGGCCACUGUGCUCCGCCCCCUCUUUGAGGCUUGUGGGGACGUGGUUGAGAUCCGCCCCAUCUUCAGCAACCGCGGCGACUUCCGGGGCUACUGCUAUGUGGAGUUCAAAGAGGAGGCGGCGGCCCAGCGGGCGCUGGAGCUGGACCGGAAGAGCGUAGAGGGGCGGCCCAUGUUCGUUUCUCCCUGUGUGGACAAGAGCAAAAACCCAGAUUUCAAGGUGUUCAGGUACAGCACUGCCCUGGAGAAGCACAAGCUGUUCAUCUCAGGGCUUCCGUUCUCCUGCACCAGAGAGGAGCUAGAGGAGAUCUGCAAGGCCCACGGCACCGUGAAGGACAUCAGGCUGGUUACCAACCGGGCUGGCAAACCCAAGGGCCUGGCCUACGUGGAGUACGAAAACGAAUCCCAGGCGUCGCAGGCCGUCCUCAAGAUGGACGGCAUGACUGUCAAAGAGAACAUCAUCAAAGUGGCCAUCAGCAACCCGCCUCAGAGGAAGGUUCCAGAGAAGCCAGAGGCAAGGAAAGCCCCAGGAGGCCCCCUGGUGCCGCGGCAGAUCUACGGAGCGCGGGGGAAAGGGAGGACCCAGCUCUCUCUGCUGCCUCGGGCCCUGCAGCGCCCUGGCGCCCCAGCAGCCCAGGCUGAGAAUGGUCCUGCGCCACCACCAGCAGGUGCCACCCCGGCGGCCACCGAGGCACCCAAGAUGUCCAAUGCGGAUUUUGCCAAGUUGCUUCUGAGAAAGUGAGUGGAACAGAGAGAGAAGGGAAAUGCCUUACUUCGUGCCCGGAAAAUGCCUGGUGCCCCGCUGGGCCCUGGCUGUGCGGCCCUGUGCCCAUGCUUCCUCUGUACACGUGGGACGGGGGAAAGGUGUCCAAGGAAAGAGGCUUUAAGUGCUCCCUCAUAUUGAGGGCGAGAGAUCGAAAACGAUCACUCCACAGGCUGGGCACAGGGUGUAGUUUCCUAAGAUAUUUUUGUGUCUUAAAGAGUGAGAAACAGAAGUGAAACUCAAACACACUGUUUUGAGACCCACUUGUCCAAAUAUUUUUGGCCAACUCUGGUCCCUUUUUAUAAGACACUUCUCUUACACCCUGCAACAGCACAUGUGCCCGUCACUCUUGUAAUUUUUAAAAGACAAAAUGGCAGAUGCUAGUAAUUCACCAGAAUGGCCUAUUUUAGUAAAGGGGUGGGGAGAGAGGACAUCACAUGAGAAACAACUGAUGGAUUUGUGUUCCAGGGGGCUGUGCAUUUUUAUAUUAUGUAUUUGUAAAUGACACGUCAACCCAUUGUUUUGUUUCCUAAAAGCAGAAUAUCUGUGACAUUUGUUUUGUAUAGGAAUUCUACCCGCCAUCUGCUGUGGACCAUUUUCUUUGCCUAGUAGCUAGUGAACUGUGUUCUUUGUCUAAAUAUUGAGUUUCAGCCCUUUGAUUUUGUUUAAAUACCAUGUCAAGUGCAAACUUAAAUUCUCUCCAUUUAGCUUUGUUUAUUAAACUGAAGUUCUCUUAAAAACUUG